AACUGAGUUUCUCAUCAGAAUCGAGUACAACUUUAGGGUUUUUGAGAUUUGUAAAUGUAGCUUUGAUUUUAUGCGAUGCUCUGGGUUCACCUAUAAUUUUGAUUUGAUUUGAUGUAUUGGAGGUUACCGGCGGAGAAUAGGCGGUGGCAUGCUGCUUGGCUGAGUGAAAAGGAGGCUUCUGUUGAGGAUCCGGUGGCAGAGAGGCAGUGGCACUACUGAGGGAAGAAGAAGGUUAGUCAAUACCUAAUACUCCUUUGAUUCUUCUUUUUCUUUCUUUCUUUCCGAUUACAGUUUCUUUCUUUCAUGCUAUUGAUUACAGUUUGGGUUAGAUCUGAUUUGUAUCUGUAAUAUUUGUUACUUUAAUUCUGAUUGCAAUGGGUUUUAGAUUUCAUUUUUAAUUUUGUUAUCUAUAAGUUUUUGUGUUUGAUCUUUGAUUAUUCAUUUGGUUGUUACCUGUUUACCUUUAUUGUUUGUUGCUGGUGUUUUUCUGGUAUAUUCUAAAUUAGUGAUAAUGAAUAAGAUAUUAAGAU